AUGUUCCGCUUUAAGUCCAGAGCAGGUUGUGUGUGGGACCUUGCACUCGGGAGGGGAACAGCAGAGCAGGCAACCGAAAAGAGAAGAAACAGUCAAACAACGGGACUCACCGUCGGAAAGCAGGUCCAGUCUCUCGACUCCCCUUUGGAGAUCUUCGUCAUCUGUGCCCAGGGGGUCUGCGGCUUCGUCCCGACACGACAAGAGAGAGACACAGAUAAAGGGGAGGAAAUGAGCACUGGAAGAUUUCGAAGUGGGAAGGACAAGUGCAGGAUGCACAUGGUGACCUGGAACGUGGCCACAGCAGAGCCUCCUGAGGACGUCACCUCUUUGCUGCAGCUGGAUGUCCAACCCCCCACUGAUCUCUAUGUGAUUGGCCUGCAGGAGGUGAGCUCUUCGCCUGUUAGGUUCAUCUCAGACCUGUUGGUGGAGGACUCCUGGAGCCACGUCUUCAUGGACACACUGGCCCCCAGAGGAUUCAUCAAGGUGAAAUCAGUGAGGAUGCAGGGUUUGCUGCUCCUGGUUUUCGCCAAACAAGUCCACCUCCCCUACAUCCGAGACAUCCAGACCACGUACACUCGCACCGGCAUCUUCGGCUACUGGGGUAAUAAAGGAGGAGUGUCUGUGCGUUUUUCUUUCUACGGCCACAUGGUGUGCUUCCUCAACUGCCACCUAGCGGCCCACAUGAACUACGCCCUGCAGCGCGUCGACGAGUUCGAGCACAUCCUGGAGACGCAAGACUUUGACAUCAGCGAGAGCCCGAACGUGCUGGACCACAAGGUGGUGUUCUGGUUCGGCGACCUGAACUUCCGUAUUGCCGACCACGGAUUGCACUUCCUCCGCUCGUCCAUCAACAGUGGACGCCUUAAUUUGCUGUGGAGCAAGGACCAGCUCUCGAUGAUGAAGAAGAAGGAAGCGUUCCUGCAGGAAUUUGAGGAAGGCCCAUUGAAUUUUAAACCCACCUACAAGUUUGCCCGCAACUCUGACACCUAUGAUACCAGUGGCAAGAAGAGGAAACCAGCUUGGACGGAUCGGAUCCUCUGGCGCAUCAAACCCAAAGACCUGCCAUCGGAGGAUGAUGAGAAAGCAUCGAUUUGUACCGACGAUGGACAAGAUGAAUAUCCAAUCAUGGUCACCCAGGACAAGUACACCAGUGACAUGAGCUAUGGAGUCAGUGACCACAAGCCUGUCAUUGCAACCUUCAGCCUGGAGCUGAGGAAAUGCUUUGACACACCGAUGGUGCACAUCUCUCCUGUGGGUGUGUGGAGCGCCGACCAGGAUGCAGUUCUUACCUACACCGUCCAAGAGGACUUCAUGUCCUCCACAUGGGACUGGAUCGGCCUGUACAAGGUUGGCUUCAAGAGUGCGUCCGACUAUGAAACCUUUGUUUGGGUGAGGGAGAACGAGCUGCCAGAGACAAAUGAAGUCAUACAGAUAUCUGUGGAUAAGGAUGCGAUCCCUCUGCUCGGUGGACAGUAUGUUUUGGGUUACUACAGCACGAACAUGCAAAGCAUCCUCGGCCUAAGCUCAAACUUCCAGAUCCUGGAGUCAAAGCGUGCUGUGAUGGAGGGCCUUGUUCCUGAGAGCAUCAACGGCAUCAACAAAUAA